AUGGCGUCGAAGAAGACGUCGAAGGGCAAGUCGGGCUUCUUCGGCGUGAGGCGGAACCCCUCUGGUAACUUCAGAGUGGAGUUCUCCGACGCCGGGAGGCAUUGGUGGAUCGGCACGUACCCCUCCGCCCACGAGGCCGUGCGUACCUACGACGUGGCGGUGUGGCGUGCCGAGAGGCCUCGGAAGCACCCCAACUCCCCAGAGAUCGAGAGUCGGGCGGAAGUGGAGAUGCUUGUGCCGCAGGGCAUCAAGAUGAAGGAGAUCCCGACGAAGAACAAGAUGACGAAGAAGCCGUCGGUUGUCGUCAGUGCCGGCGAGACCGACGAGGAGGCGAUGGCAAGGUUUGCUCAGGAGCAUCCGGAGUACGUCCAGGCCGAGCUGGAGUACUACUGGAAGCGUGAGGCGGAGCAGAAGAAGGAGGACGAGGUCGGUCCCUCGACGGUGAUCCCCAUCGAGUCCUCUUCCGAGGAGGACUGGGCAGACUUCUCGGAAGAGGAGGAGGAGGGGUGCGACAACCCGGAGAAGGAGGAGUUCUGGGCGCAGUUCCGCAACUCCGACGGUGAGGAGUAG